GCCAGAGGCCCGCCGCCGCCCGGGGCUUAGGGGAGCUGGACUGGCCCACCGCGGGAAGCGAAGGGGCGGCGGACCAAGCGCUGGAGACCCAUUUGCCCUCCUCCUCCUCCUCCUCCUCCUCCUCCUCGUAAUCUUUUCUCGGCUCCGGGGAGAGAAUUAUGCUCGGCUCAAGCCGCUUGGCCAGCGCUGCUAGGAUUGCCUGGACUCCCGGGGGGCCCCGACGGGCGGCCGAGGGCGUCCAUGCCACCUCCCGCCUCUGCUUGCCGCUGGUCCUGAUGCUGCUGGCUGUCCCGCCCCGCGUGGAUUCCUCCUGGUGGUACAUUGGGGCUCUGGGAGCAAGGGUAAUCUGCGAUAACAUCCCUGGACUGGUAAACAAACAGCGACAGUUGUGCCAAAGUUACCCAGACAUUAUGCAGUCAGUUGGGGAAGGAGCAAAGGAAUGGAUUCGGGAAUGCCAGCACCAAUUCCGUCACCACCGCUGGAACUGCAGCACUUUGGACAGAGACCAUACAGUCUUUGGCAGAGUCAUGCUCCGAAGUAGGUACCCUUCAGCNNNUGUCUAUGCCAUCUCCUCUGCUGGAGUUGUAUAUGCCAUAACCCGGGCUUGCAGCCAAGGUGAGCUGAAAGCCUGCAGCUGUGAUCCCCACAAGCGGGGCCGCUCCAAAGAUGAAAGAGGAGAAUUUGACUGGGGAGGUUGCAGUGACAACAUCAACUAUGGGAUCAGGUUUGCAAAAGACUUUGUGGAUGCCAAGGAGAAAACAGUGAAAGAUGCCCGGGCCCUGAUGAACCUUCAUAACAACCGCUGUGGCAGAACGGCUGUGAAACGUUUCCUGAAACUAGAGUGCAAAUGUCAUGGUGUCAGUGGCUCUUGCACUCUGAGGACAUGUUGGUUGGCAAUGUCGGACUUUCGGCGAACAGGAGAUUACCUAAGGAAAAAAUACAAUGGGGCCAUCCAAGUCACCAUGAAUCAGGAUGGCACUGGAUUUACUGUGGCCAAUAAGAAUUUCCGGAAACCCACAAAAACUGACCUUGUAUAUUUUGAGAACUCUCCUGAUUACUGCUUGAUGGACAAGUCUGCAGGUUCAUUAGGGACAGCAGGGAGAGUGUGCAACAAGGCAUCACGUGGAACUGAUGGGUGUGAGGUCAUGUGCUGUGGCCGAGGUUACGACACCACCCGAGUGACGCGAGUUACCAAAUGUGAGUGCAAAUUCCACUGGUGCUGUGCUGUCCGCUGCAAGGAAUGUGAGGACACCGUGGACAUUCACACAUGCAAAGCACCGAAACGGGCAGAGUGGGUAGACCAAACUUGAGACUGUAUGGAAUGAAGCCAGAGAGGGAAAAGAAAAACUGGCAUAGCGCCACCCACAGCCCUGGGCAUUCUGG